AUGUUGACUGGAAAAAGGAACCUUGAUAUUGUCCUAAUUGCUGAAGGUUAUAAAUUUAUAAUCACUAAGGAGUGCCCAGAAAAAACUGAUGAAGAUGCCACUGAUGAUCAGGUUAAGGCCCAUGGCAAAUGGGUCAAGGUUGAUGAGAUGGCGCGAUGUUACAUUCUUGUCUCUAUGGCGAAUGUUUUGCAACAUCAGCAUCUGUCUGUGGGGUCUGCUUAUGACAUGCUCGAAAGUCUCAAAGUGAUGUUCGGUGAGCAAACUCGUGCGGCUAAGCAGACAGCCAUGAAAGCCCUUUUGAACACCAAAAUGGCUGAAGGAUCAUCGGUCAGGGAUCAUGUUCUGAAGAUGAUGAGUCUUCUGAAUGAACUGGAGGUCCUUGGAGCUAUGAUUGAUAAGGANCAGACAGCCAUGAAAGCCCUUUUGAACACCAAAAUGGCUGAAGGAUCAUCGGUCAGGGAUCAUGUUCUGAAGAUGAUGUGUCUUCUAAAUGAACUGGAGGUCCUUGGAGCUGUGACUGAUAAGGAAUCUCAAGUUGAGAUGGUCCUGCAGACUCUACCUGACAGUUUUCAAUAA